AGCAGCAGGAGGAAGGUCUUGAAACAAGUUCAUAGUAGAGAUCAGCAGUCUGGUUUCGUCUCUGUCAUGGCUUUCCUCUGCAGAAGUGCUGCUGGGCUGCUGAAGCCCCUCAGAGCCGCUCCGGCCCUCCAGUCCGCUGCUGCCCGCCUCUACAGCUCAGGUGGUCAGUAUGAGUAUAUUAUGGUGGAAAAGCGGGGGGAGAAGAAAAAUGUGGGUUUCAUCCAGCUGAACCGGCCUAAGGCUCUCAACGCUCUGUGUGAUGGGCUGAUGAGGGAGGUGGGACAGGCCCUCGAUGCCUUUGAGGUUGAUGGCGACAUCGGAGCUAUUGUCAUCACCGGCAGCGACAGAGCAUUUGCUGCGGGUGCGGACAUUAAAGAGAUGCAGAAUCGAACCUUCCAGGAAUGCUAUGGUGGCAACUUCCUGGCUCACUGGAACAGAGUGUCCACAGUGAAGAAGCCUGUCAUUGCAGCCGUCAAUGGGUUUGCUCUGGGUGGAGGCUGUGAGUUUGCAAUGAUGUGUGACAUCAUCUAUGCUGGAGAGAAGGCACAGUUCGGCCAGCCAGAGAUCCUGUUGGGGACCAUUCCUGGGGCGGGGGGCACCCAGCGGCUGACCCGUGCAGUGGGCAAAUCUCUGGCUAUGGAGUUGGUACUAACAGGAGACAAGAUUAAUGCUCAAGAAGCCAAACAGUCAGGUCUGGUGAGUAAAAUUUAUCCCGUGGACCAGCUGGUGUCUGAGGCAGUGAAAUGUGGGGAGAAAAUUGCUGCUAAUUCCAAACUGGUCUCUGCUAUGGCUAAAGAGGCUGUUAAUGCAGCCUUCGAACUGACCUUGGCUGAAGGAAACCGUUUUGAAAAGCGGUUAUUCCACGCAACUUUUGCUACGGAUGAUCGUAAAGAAGGCAUGACAGCAUUUGUUGAGAAGAGAAAGGCCAGUUUCCAGGACAAUUAAAAUCGAGCAUGAAAUACGUUCCUGAUAUCAGCAGAUCAUUUCCUCAUCUGCAACUGGUUGAAUGAUGCAAAAAUCCUGAUGGUAGUACAACACGCAAGCUGUUUCAAUUAGGAUCUGGCACAGAGUGAAGUGCACAAGUGUCUUAUCACAGUGAAGCCCUGCCUGUUGAGGCUCAGUAUCAAAAUCAAAUGAGGUCUGGGUGCAGGAGUGUAGUGGGUUUUUAUGUGAAUACCAUUACUUACCACAGUAAGUGGGUAAUAGGGGGAAUCAGUCCUGAUGACUUUGCCUUUUAAUUUUCACUAUCAAGUGUUGCAAUAUGUCUGCAUUUUGUAGGCAACUUUUUCCUGUGUACAUUUUACAAAUAAAGCUCUUCAGUACUAA